GCACUGGUAGGGUACGGGAUCAUGUCUUCUGUUCCCAACAACGUCGGCGGGAACAGCAACAUGGGGCCUCCUCCCAAUCAGCAACCACGGCCCCCGCCACCGGGGGCUAAUACGCACCGCAAAUCCUCAUCGCUGAAUCGAGGUUGGUUCGAAGGAACGAAGGAGCUGAUUUCGGGAAUGGCUCCGAGGCCCGUCACUCCUUCCCAGCACCAAAUCCUGAAAUCCGCGAGCGCUCCGAACUCACCGGCGCGUGGACUCGGGCUGGGGAUGUUUGGAUCCGGUCGAAACAGUCCCCACCAUCACUUCCCUCCCCAAAUCGACCGUACGAACAGCGGUGGCAGCGUCGGAGGAGGCAGUGGCAUCAAUCUCCCUAGUUUUUCGAACACGAUCAAUCGCCUGCCCUCGCAAGAUUCCCUGGAUCGGUCCAUCCAUAACGAAUCGGGACAUGGAAAAUCGACCGCCCAGAUCAUAAAGGAUCUCAAGCAUUCGAACUCCGCUCUCACCGCUAGGAUGGCGUCGCAGGACAAGCACCACAUGAACGAAAUGGCUCAGGUCCAGAAGGCAGCGACUUCCAGAAUAAACAAGUUGGACCUCACCAAUUCGAAACAAAAAAUGAAAUUGAUGCAAUACGAGAAUUACAAAGCUGCAGCCGAAUCGAAAAUGAAGCAACAAGACGCGGAAUUGACGAAGGUCAAAGAGGAGUCAGCAUUUCAACGCCAUACCAUCAGCGGUCUAAAAAAUGAGCUCUAUCAGUUGCAACAAAGAUUGGACGAACAAGAGGAAGAAUACGGAAGAAGAUCAAGCAAUGAUGACGUCGUGGUGGUUGAUGAUCAUGAGCUUCGACGGCCGCAUUCCGGUGAUGGUCGCAAUCUGCCCCUUCAUCCGAGUCAUAGUCGAAGCAACAGCGGAGGAAGUCUUGGUCUCGUUCCCACUUCCAGUAGUGUUUCCACCGAGGAGCUGCAACAAAUGUCCCUGGACAACGAGGAACUCGUGAAGGAAAUACAGGAACUUCAAGACCAACUCAUGGAAUACCAGGGAUACGACAAGAAAUUAAAAGACUUACAACAGAAGUUGGAAUCUGCGCAACGAAACGCCAACGGGAACGAUGCGGGAAUCCCACCCCGUCCGACCACCCCGACGCAUGCCCUGCAGAAAAACCAACCCGAGCGAGAACGUCCACCGCUCGCACCCUCCAAAUCUCGAGAUCAGGAAGAACUACAACAGCUGCAAGACGCCAGAGGUGAAAUCGAAGUGCAGAAACAGAAACUUUUGCAACGGGAGUCUGCUGUGCGAGAUCUAGAGGCAGAAAAGGAAGCCUUGAUCAUCGCCAACGAACAACGCGUUCAAGAACUAGAGGAUCGAUACCUGGAUUUGGAAGAAGAGUUCAAAGAACGAGAGAUGGAGUUGAAAAAGGAACUGGCAUCGAGUUCGCAAGAAAGCGCGGACGAAAUAGCGGUACGAGUACGAGAAGAACAACAGGUACAGAUUGUCGAGCUAGAAGAACAACUCGAACAGUACGCCGAAAAAUUAGCCGAAGUCGCUGCAACUCUCGCUGAAUCGCGACAGCAAGCAAAAAAUCAGGAACAAUAUCGAAAGGACGAAGCCGAGGACUUGAGAAUGAUUCAGGAUGCGCACGAGGCCGAAAUAGCAAGGUUGGAAAAAGAGCUCGAUGAGGCAAGACGGGAAUUGGAAGUUCGCGACGACGAACUCGAAGAAACGAAGCAAAAGCACAUGGCGUUGUUGCAGCAGCAAGAAAAAGAAGACGAAAAGAAGGUAGAAGAAACGGAGGCGAAAGUAUCCACGACGAAGGCGGACACGGAACAACCCUGUGAUGGGACCACGAAUUUAAUCUCGAGUUUGGAAGAGGAACUUUACAGCUCUGCCAACACUGUUAAUGCACUGGAGCAGCAGCUUGAAGAUCUGCGAAAAGAAAGGGACGAAACGGUCGCAAUUCUACAGGCUGAAAAUGACAAGUUAUUGGGCAAUGCUACAGGAACUGAUAAGAGCCACGAUUCUGAUGGGUCUGACCUUCAUCAGUUGUGGGAAGCCAAAACAAGCAAAACCAAGGAGGUAGAAAGCCUCAAAAACGAGAUUGAAGACUUGAGGCAUCGAGUGCAAGAGAAUGCUGAGACGGCGAGGGUAGCCGAGAUGAAAGCACAGGACAUGGAGAAGAAAUUAAAGGAAAACCAGUCAGGCCGAGCUGCAAAUGAGUCGGAUUCGAAUGAAUUGGAGGAGAAAUUGAAACUAGCGCAGAGUCAAGUCUUUGACUCUCACGAAGAAAUCGCUAUAUUGAAAGAAAAGCUCGAAGAAUCGCGUUCUCUUUCGUUUGAGAACGAUAAGAAGCAGGAUGCAUUGCGAGAAGCUCAAGUUGCACUGCUUUCUUUGGACGACGAGAAACAAGCUCUAUGCGAUGAGCUUCAUGCUUUGAAAUAUUCUAUGGAACAAGAGAAAGCAGUUCUUCAAAACGAAACAAAAGCUCAAUUGGAAAUGAAAGAUCGAGAAUUGGCCGAGCUGAAAAGCGUGAAUGCUCGCAUUGGACCUUUAGAAGACGAAAAACUUCGUCUCGAAGAAGAGGUCAAACAAUUGAAAGAGAGAAAUAGCUUUUCCGAAGACAAUUCUGCUAGUGUCUCAUCUAGAUCCGUACGCAAUAAGGAUGAAGGAUCGCAAAAGGAUCUUGAACUACAAAUCGAAGAGCUCAAAGAAGAAAGGAACCUUAUCAAUUCAAAAUUGAAGGACAGAGACACUACUAUCGCCACUCUACUUCGCUCAUCGAUUGUUCUCGAAAAAAAGAUCGAGGCACUCGACACGGAGCUAAGGGAAUCCAGAAAAAUACAGGGGAAGGCCCUCGACGAUGUGAAAGAAUUACGAAGCAUUGCCAGUACUCACCAAGAAGACUACUCGAAGGUUUGCGAGGAGGUGAAAUAUAUGAAAGGGCAGCUUAAGAUAGCUAAAGCAGAUGCAAAACGCUGGAAACGAUCUCUCCAGGAUGAUGGGAGACCAAGUAGUGAAUAUCGAUAUCAAAUCUCGAUGCUACAGAAGGCGAAUGAGAAGUUUGCAGAGACAGUUCAAGAGCGCGAUCAAGCGAUACAAAACCUUGUAAAUCAAUCGAUGGGACACGAUAAGCACGUUCGGGACUUGAAGAUAAGGAUAUCGUCACUGAUGAAAGAAGUCGAAUCAGUACGUAUGAAUAAAGGAAGAGGCGACGAAAGCGCUCUCAGGGCUGAAUUAGAUCGGUUACAAGAAGAAAGUGAAAUAUUUGCAGGGCAAAUCAUAGAACAAGACGAAGAGUUUAAAAGAAUGCAACGAGUCAUGAAGAAUCGCGAUGAACAAAUUAGCUCGAUGAAGUCGAAGAUUGAACAAAUGCAAGAAAAUACUAUUCCAGACCGUUCUGCCAUUCAAGAGAGAGACCGCGUGAUAUCGGAGCUUCAGAAAAAGAUUCAAAUCCUGGAGAAACAGCAGACUGAAAGCACCAAUGAUAUUGAUCCAAUCGCAAUGAAAAAUUUGCAAGCGGAACUUGAUGAGAUGCAGGAAGCCGCUGAGUCCAACCGUGUUGAGCUUAGAGAUCUACGUCAACAACUUUGGGAUGCCAAAGACGCAGCUGGCUCUGCUCAUGAUCUUCGAAUAGAACUGAAACAGGCAAGGUGGGAAUUCGAUGAAUACAAACGGAAUAUUUCUUCGGAACAGUUAUCUGGUAACCAGAACGGAUUGCAGGCCGAUCUUGAUAAAGCUAUCUCUCGAAUCGAGGAGCUGGAAGUUAUUAUUUCAGAUAAUCAAGGAAUGGAAACAAAGUUAAAUGAGCUAGAGAACGAACUUCAAGCCCGAGAUAUAAUUAUCAAAGAGUUAAGAGAGCAGUUAUCGAAUGCAUUCUCCAGCGGUGAAGUUUCGAGCUCAGGUCUUGACAAAAAGAGCGAUGGGUUAGAAGCUGAACUUCAAUUGAAGGUUGAAGAAGUUGAGAGAUUGAAUCAAAAGCUUAGUGCAUCGCUAAUCGAAGUUGGCGAAGUCCGUGAUCUUUUGCAGUCGAAGACGGAUAUGGUAACGGAUCUAAACGAGCAAGUUAAGGGAUUGAAUGUUGAGAUUUCUGAAACUCAAGGUCAACUACGAGCGAGUGCAUCAAAAGCUGAAAAUCAAAGCAAAGCACAGCAAGAGGCAGAAGCAAGUCGUGAGGUCAUCGAAGCUAAGAUAGAAAGUGUGAACUCACUCACGAAGGAAGUGGGUGCGUUGCAAAGAGACGCGGAAGACUUGCGAGUUUUAGUUAAAGAAAAAACAGUUAGAAUCGAACAGCUUGAGUACGAUGUCACCGUCUUGACACGUGAUAUCAACGACUCUGAAAAACAACUCCAGAUGAAGACUAAUGCGAUCUGCGAUCUUCAGGAACGCCUCAGAACAAAUGAAGCCCAGCUUAAGGAAGCUAGUGACCUGAAGUUGAAGCUCGGAAGCGACCUAGCCGAUAGUCAAGCGAGACUCGGCGCGCUUGAAAAAGAGCUAUCAAAUGCAAUCACAGAGACUUCUAGUAAUGAAGAGUUAGCAAGGAAGAACCAGUCUCUUGUACAAGAGAAUGCCUCUCUAGCCCAAAAGAAUAAAUCGCUUGUUGAAGAGAAUGCUUCCAUUGAAAUCACAAACGGAAGUCUGAUGGAAGAAAGCGAAACGUUAACAAAUGAUAACCAGGUUCUUUGUCUUGAACUCCAAGCAUUGGGUGAAAAGAACCAUUCUCUCAGUCAAGCGAAAGAUAGUCUUCAACAUGAUGUUGGCUCAUUGAAGAUCGAGAAACAGUCACUUGAAAAGCAGAAUGAGUCUAUAAGUCGUGAGAAUGAAGAACUCGGUGAAAGGGUUACAUCUCUCAGUGAAAAUGUCGUUGAGCUCAAUAGGUGCAACGAUUCGCUUCGCGAAGAGGUCAGAUCCAUUUCUACCAUAAAGGAAGAGCUUGCUACUUUGUCGAAGGCAAAUAAUUUGUUGACGGAAGAGAAGAGAAGCCUCGUCGAGGAAAACAAUGCUCUUACUGAAACCGUUGGAAGCCUGAAGGAAAAGAAUAUCUCUCUCUCAGAGAAUGGGGUAAAAAUGGAAAAAGAAAUCGAAGCACUGAAAGCUGACAUGGAGAUGCUUUCUGAAGGUUCAUCUAAACUGGAAGGGAUGAAGACACAACUUCAGGAAGAACAGAGGCAAAGAGAAGAAGUCGAAAAGGCUAUUAUUGCAAAUUAUGAGAAACAAUUGUCUUUGUUAUCAUCAAGCAAGGAUUUAGAGAUGGAUAGUCUUCGAAACAGCUUGACUGAAUCAAGGGAAAAGCAUUCAGAAGCCAUAGAAGAUAUGAUUGAACAACUCAAGAGUAUGGAGCACGAGAAUGGAGAUAUGAGAGAGCAGUUUGAAUUCGAAAUGGAGGCGAAAAACCAGCAAAUAUUUGCACUCGAGCAUACUCUACAUGCUMAAGAGCAAAUAGUUGAUACGAUGAGAUCUGAAAUGGAUCAAAUACAAAGCGGAAUGGAGCAUGCAACCAAAGCCCGUCGAGGCGAAGUCGAAGAAAUUCAGCAAGAAGUGAUGCAGAUGGAAGAAAAGGCAAUGAAACAAGAGCGAGAGAUUGUCGCACUCAAAAUGCAGUUGGAAGAGAGAAAGCUUGAACACAAGGCUGAUGUCGUCAAGCUGAAGGAUGCACUGGCAAAGGCAAUGGAGCAAGACUUUCCUCUAAAACAAACAAUUCAUGAUCUUCAAAACAAUGAUCGAAUGUUAGAAGUGCGAGAACGACUGGAGCAACUGAAGAAGAGAAACACGGAUCUUCAGGAAGAAAAUCUCAAUCUUGGAGGUCGUCUAGAACGAGCAGCGAUUCAGAUCAAUGCAUUUGACCUAGAGAAGCAGCAAACAGAGGAAAUCGAAGAAGAAAACAUGAAGCUACGAAAGCAACUGAAAGAAUACGAGCAGCUACUGAGUCUUUCUGCAAAGUCAUCGAGAAGUACAUCCGCUCCACAAUCAAGUACUUCGCAGAAAGAAAUGACCAUGAAAACAAAGGAGAAAAAGAAAAAGAAGUUUGGUCUUUUCAAACGAAGAGGGGUUGAUGGUCCAAUAUCAGAAGUUAUCGAGGAAGAUGAAUGUUAAAGCAUAAUUCAUUAUUACAUACUGAAUAUUUACAAUAC